GGUGAAGGGCCAUGAGGGAGAGAUGUGACUGAAGGAGAAUGUGGGAGAGGAGGAGGAGCAGGAGGAGGCAAGGAGGUGUGUUGAUCUGCUGCUAAAAUCCAUUCCAGACAUAGGUUUUUCCUGCCCUGGCGCGGCCACAAGGCUGCUUCAGUUUGCAGCCCGUUACAUUUUCUUCCUCUCUGCUUGCUGCUGCUCCACCAGACUGGACAAAACGCUCCAGAACUCAGCAUUUUGCUCAGCACCAUCCAUGCCUUCAGAGAAUCUCUUCUGACCUGAUCACAGCCGAGUAUCUGCACACUGAGAUAUCGAUGUCUGCAAAGUUUUCCACAUUUGGCUGCUUCCUGGAGUAAAUCCCAUCAGACUUACUGGCUCUUCGUGGAGAAAUGAGGGCUGUGAUACUUGUCAUCCUGGUCAGUGUCGCACUGUACUGUGUGUCAGUCGAUGCUCAGGGACGGGAUGAUAAACUCUCCGGAAGCCAGACUGCUGUGGAAGAUCUGGUUCGGGAUGUGGGACAGGAGGAUGGACAGGAUGCUCUGCUGUCAGACGAACCUGCUGAAGUGGUUGAGACGACAAAACCAAAGAAGAAGAAAACACCUGAGGAAAUUGAAGCAGCCAGGGCAAAGAAAGCAGCAGAAAGGGAGGCCAAAGCCAAAAAGCAGAAAGGCCCCAAACCCACCAAGAAACCAAAACCACCCAAACCAACCAGAAAACCAAAAGCACCAAAACCCACAAAGAAGCCAAAGGUGCCCAAACCCAGCAAGAAAACAACUACCACAGUGCAGCCAACCACCGGGCAACCAACCAUCAGGCAGCCAACCAUCAGGCAACCAACCAUCAGGCAACCAACCAUCAGGCAACCAACCAUCAGGCAGCCAACCAUCAGGCAACCAACCAUCAGGCAGCCAACCAUCAGGCAACCAACCAUCAGGCAACCAACCAUCAGGCAGCCAACCAUCAGGCAACCAACCAUCAGGCAGCCAACCAUCAGGCAACCAACCAUCAGGCAACCAACCAUCAGGCAACCAACCAUCAGGCAGCCAACCAUCAGGCAACCAAGCAUCAGGCAACCAACCAUCAGGCAACCAACCACCGGGCAACCAACCAUCAGGCAACCAACCACCGGGCAACCAACCAUCAGGCAGCCAACCAUCAGGCAACCAACCAUCAGGCAACCAACCAUCAGGCAACCAACCAUCAGGCAGCCCACAGUGGAGGAGCAAGAGGAGAAACUGCUGACUGCACUGGGCUGGGACACAUUGUUUGAACGUGGGACCCCAAAGGUGCCCCCAGUGGAAGAGCCUGUUGAGCCGGGCCUAGAAAAGAUAUUCACGGACAAGGUGCCCGGGCGACGCCCCGUCCACAGAGAGGUCACAACGACUGAGGUGAUCAUGUACAUACCAGAGGAAGCCACCACGGUGCCGUACGUGGGUCCCUGGUACGAAGAGUACGAUUACGCUGACCUGGCAGCCAAGAAACAAGAAGAGGAGGAGGAGAGGGCUCGGAAGGAAAAGGCAGAAAAAGCUGAGUGGCUGAGGAAGAAGUGGGAGGAAGAAGAAGAGGAGAGACUGAAGCAGAUGUCAGUCGUGGCUGAACCAAAAAAAUGUCCUCCUUUGGGUUUGGAGUCUCACCGGGUGGAAGACGAUCAGCUGCUGGCAUCCUCUCAGUCUCAUCAUGGCUUCACUGUUCAGAGAGGACGCCUCAACGUGCAGGGCUCCGAUGAUGAAGAUGACCUGUAUGGCGGAGCGUGGUGUGCUGAGCCCGAAGAGAGUAAUCACUGGUUCGAGGUGGAUGCUCGCAGAGAGGUGGAGUUCGCCGGAGUCAUUACUCAGGGAAGAAACUCAGAGCAACAUGAGGAUUUCACGUCGUCGUAUUUUGUGGCCUUCAGUAACGACAGUCGCGAGUGGACGAUCCUUCACGAUGGCUACGCUGAGUGGUUGUUCUAUGGGAAUGUGGAUAAGGACACGCCUGUGAUGAACCAGUUUGUCCCGCCCGUGGUGUCUCGCUACAUCCGCAUUAUGCCUCAGAGCUGGAACGGCAGCUUGUGUCUCCGAGCGGAGAUCCUGGCCUGCCAGCUGCCCAGCAGCUACCACAGUGAGAACGAGAUCAACACUUCAGAUGACCUGGACUUUAGACAUCAUAACUACAAGGAAAUGCGACAGAUGAUGAAAGUGAUAAACGAGGAGUGUCCCAACAUCACCAGAAUCUACAAUGUCGGAAAAAGCUCGCAGGGCCUCAAAAUGUACGCCAUGGAGAUCUCCGACAACCCAGGAGAACACGAAACGGGUGAACCAGAGUUUCGUUACACUGCUGGUCUCCACGGCAACGAGGCUCUGGGCCGAGAGCUUCUUUUGCUGCUGAUGCAGUUCCUAUGUAAGGAGUACAAUGAUGAAAAUCCCAGAGUGCGCCGCCUGGUGGAUGGAGUGAGAAUACACUUGGUGCCCUCACUGAACCCCGAUGCCUACGAGCUAGCCUAUGAAAUGGGCUCAGAGAUGGGGAACUGGGCACUGGGCCACUGGACAGAAGAAGGUUACGACAUCUUCCAGAAUUUUCCCGACCUCAACAGCAUCUUAUGGGGAGCCGAGGACAGAGGCUGGGUCCCUCGCAUCGUACCCAACCAUCAUAUCCCCCUGCCAGAACAUGUGCUCAACGGCUCUAUUGCUGUCGAGACGAAGGCCAUCAUUUCAUGGAUGGAGCGCAACCCGUUUGUACUGGGAGCUAAUUUUCAAGGCGGGGAGAAAAUGGUGAUGUACCCUUGGGACAUGCAGCGUCCGUCACUUAAUUUAAACAUCGGUCAACAAGGUUGGAGAACCGACACUGAGAUGAAUGAAGAGACGUGGGCCCGCAUUCAAAGACAGAACGAGGGAGCUCUGAGGGAGACGCCUGACGACGCCAUGUUUCGAUGGCUGGCGAUGUCAUACGCCCAUAGCCAUCUCACCAUGACGGAGAACUACCGAGGCUCGUGCCAUGCCGAUGAUGUCACUGGGGGACAAGGCAUCAUGAACAGAGCGAGCUGGAAGCCGGUGGUGGGCAGUAUGAAUGACUUCAGUUACUUGCACACCAACUGCUUUGAGCUCUCCAUCUUUCUGGGCUGCGACAAGUUCCCCCAUGAAAGUGAACUACAGCUGGAGUGGGAGAACAACCGAGAGUCUCUUCUGUCCUUCAUUGAACAAGUGCAUCGUGGGAUAAAAGGUGUGGUGAGGGACGUGGAGGGAAACCCACUGCCUAAUGCAACCAUAUCUGUAGACGGAAUACGGCAUGAUGUCAAAACUGCUGCAGGUGGUGAUUACUGGCGCCUCUUGAAUCCUGGCGAGUACCGAGUGACCGCCAAGGCAGAAGGCUACACACCUCAAACCAGACUCUGCAUGGUCGGCUACGACUCCGGUGCCACUCUGUGCAGCUUCACCUUAGCCAAGUCCAACUGGAACCGCAUCAAACAGAUCAUGGCUCUCAACGGCAACAGGCCCAUUCGGCUCGUCCCCAAAACAGUGCAAACGACAGCAGCCAGCGCAGUGACGACGCAAAACACCAUCGCGGCGACGGACUCAGGCUACGAUGCUCAGAAAGUGGAGCGAAUCAGAAGGCUGAGGCUCAUGCGUUUACGCAGGCUGCGUCAACAAAGAUUACGGGCAAAACUUACUACUACGACAACUACUACUACUACGACUACAACCACAACACCACCCACCACCACAGCUGAAACUGAGAGAACGACGUCCUGGUAUGACUCCUGGUUCCCUGUGGACAGCUGGUGGACCGACAACCCGUUUGACAGCAUCAGCUUUGACUCGGGGCCCACAAAGGAGUAUCCAUUUGAAUACACCAUCGACUGAAGACGCCAAACGCCCAGCGUCCCCUUCAUAACCACUUCAGCAUAGAGCACAUCACUUAGAAAAUACUGCACACAUACUGGCAAUUUGUACAUUUUUCAUAAAGAAUUCAGUGGAAUGUAACAUCUUUAAGAAAUCAUUCUGUGAUUCUGCAUGUAGAGAUAUAAUGUGGAAAGAAAGGUCUCUGCUGAGCAGAGCUUAAUAAAGAACACAGCACUCAAUAAAAAAACAGAUCACAACACCA